AUGGAUGAAGAUGAUGUGAGAUACUCUGGGGCAGGCUAUGCUUCGCUCCCCUCACCGAGUCCGAUUCAGUCGCAGUUCGACACCCUUUUUGCCGAGUUCGCUCGCUCUCGCCCCCGAGUCUCACCUCCACGGUCGCCCUCGUCUCUGUCUCCCGAGCCACUGUCAAGGGAUCUCGAGAAGAGGACUAUAGACCUCCGCGCUCUCGAAUAUGUGUCGGACUACGACGCCAAUCUAAUGUGUCCCAUUUGCCACGUCCCUUUCAUCGAGCCCGUUGUCCUCGAAUGCGAUCACACAUUCUGCGACUCUUGCUUGAAGGAAUAUCGAGACGGAGGGUCCAGCGGUUCACGCAAUCAAUGUCCUUCGUGUCGUUCAUUUGUCCUGUCCACUGCCCACAAGGCUUCCCGCCUCAUAACCAACAUGUGCAAUGAUAUCCAAGUCAAGUGUCCCAACGAGGAUUGUGAAGAGGUCGUCGCGCGAGGCUACGUCGAACGACACGCAACCAAAGAAUGUCCGCAUGAGCGGCUUCAGUGUCCGGAUCCACACUGUGGGAAACUGGUGAAACGAAGGAACUAUGUGCCGGAUCAGUGUAUCCACUCUUCACACAUUGAAUGUGACUGCGGCGCCGUCAUCGAGCUGGGCAAAGGCGACUGGCUGAGACACAAGGAUGAAGACUGUCCGAAUACCGGCGUCAAGUGUAAACGAUGUGGCCAGAGGAUUUCAGCCAGGGACUAUUUGAACGGCAUUACUGGCCAUGUUUGCGGAGCCGACGAAGACCAACGCUGUCCCGGUCGAAUGUACGGCUGUACAGAUGACUUCCACCCUGAUGAUCGGGACAAUCACGUGAAGUCGUGCCCGCUGGCGCGCAUGGCCCCGUACCUCCAGAAACAGUCUCAGCUGCUCAAAUCUCUCCAGGAACAACUUGCCAUGGUCAAGGUCCGAAACGAAGUCCUCGAGGCUGGCUUUGACAAAAUCAACGACAUUGUCAAUGACCGUGUCCUGCCUCAUAUCGGUCUUUCUGACCAUUCUCAGGCCGGUGAGGCUUCCGACAUCGAGGAGAUUGAGCGAGACCACAUUCCGUCAGCCAUCUCUCACCGUGAUCUCCUCAUGCCAGCACAUCUUCGCGCCUUGACACCUUCCCCAGACCCUGAAGCGUCCUCCAUUUCUCAAACACAACAGCACCUCCUUGCUUUGCACGAAUCAUUGCGCGGCACCGUGUCGAGUCUCGAGCAUGAUGUUUCAGCAAUGUCCAAUGCACUUACAGAUCUGGACGCUCGAUCUUCGAUGCAGAUAAUGAAUGAAACUUUACGAAUAAAAGAAGAGCUGGCUCAUACCAACGCCGCCUUAUUCAGCACCAGGUCACAAGUCCAAUGGCUUCUGAACCGCGAACGAAUAGGCCAGCAGCAACAGGCCGGGCUAGUGCGUGGUCGAGCACCGUCAGCUCAACCGCAGGCCUCGAACAUGGCGUCGUCAGCGAGGAGUUCUGUAUCAGGGGACACCGAUGGGUCAGGCCAGGGGUCGAGUUCGGAAAGUCAGCCAUCAGGGAGCGCGAAUCUGGCAACAAGUCCCAGUUUCCGACCUCAGAUACGAAGGCUCAGCGGCAGUCAAGAAAGAGUCAAAUUGUGA